GCUUGAAGAUCUAGAGGACGGAUAUAUACGUUGAUGUAAUAACAAACGCUGUAAAAAGGACAGGACAUAACUACAGAUUGCUCUAUCGGAGGAAAGAAAAUAAGGCUUAACACUCAUAUUUCAUACUUUUAACGCAGACGUGAAUAUGGAAAGCAUCUGAAAAAAGGAUAUGGGUGAGCUGUGAUCAUUUGGCGGGGAAACAAAACGCCAAUUAUUGGAGAAGACCACUUGUUAUUAUGCGAAGCAUUAGUCAUCCGGCGACCACACCUAACUCUAUGUAGAAACCUGUAACACUACAUCGCCUUGUGUACACACACCCGGACACACAAUCGCAUUCUCUUCGCUCGUUCAUUUCUCAUCGUGCUGUCUCAGAAGCAAGAAGCCAAGGACCGUUUUCGCGGAGGCACAUUUUUCUCAAGGAAUAUUGGCUCUAUUUCAUUUCAACAUGAUGGAAUAUCAUAAAUCUAUAUCGUUUUUGAGGACUUUCAUCCUUUCCUUUGUUUAUCUUGCCUUAUCCGUGAAAGAAACCCAGUCAUAUUCUAGUGGAGCACCUCUAGACGCCUGUACCACUUUAACACCGGGGCAUGGAUACACCCCUCAAACUUCUACCAGUCCUUUUACGAUUACCCCUCAGUUUCGGAAUUACGGACCGAGUACUCAAAUGCAAGUAAAUCUGACGACCACCAGCGGGAUCUCGUUCAAGGGAUUCAUGGUUCAAGCCCGGGUAGUAGGCACAUCCACACCGGUCGGUAUCUUCAGCGACACCUCAUCAGUAGGACAGAGGAUAAAUUGUCCUGGUGGCUUUGCUAAUACUCUCACUCACAUCAACAACGAUCCUAAGACUUUGGUCUCUGCAAUGUGGACAGGUCCAAGCGACAUCAACGGAGCAGACAUCGAAUUCGUCGGGACUUUCGUUAACCAGAGGGCCAUUUAUUGGACAUUCGUCAGAUCAUUCACGUUGACAGAUGCAUGUAUGCCAUCACCGUGCCAGAAUGAUGGUACCUGCUUUCGAGCUGGUACGGAGGGCUAUCAUUGUAACUGUGCAGGUGGUUUCACUGGAAAAGACUGCUCUGACCAAGCGCCAUGCGCAGAUGAGGUUCUAACAUGUGGCGUCAACCACAAACAAUGUUUACUCAGCGGGGCGAACGAGAACUCGUUUGUUUGUGUGUGUUUGGACGGUACCUUUUCAGUCAAUGCACCGUGCGAUGGUUCGACCAUGGCGCCUCCUACCACUUUACUACCAACAACUUUACUACCAACAACAGAAAUGGUUCACCCAUGUACCUCUAGCCCGUGUCAAAAUGGCGGAAUGUGUCACCUUAACUCUGCUGACGAAGUUCAGUGUUUCUGCACGGCUGGAUAUACCGGUACUAGAUGUGAAAUAGAACCAGAUCCAUGCAGAACGGGACCAUGCCAAAAUGGUGGUGUGUGUAUUAAAGAAGAUGCUUCUUCAUACACAUGUGAAUGUCGGACCAUAUACACAGGUCCACAAUGCCAGUACACAGUCGGUUGUGCCUCAAUUCCAUGUCAAAACAACGGAGUAUGUACCAGUACAGGGAUCUAUGGACAGGGAUACGCAUGCGAUUGUUCUACCAUGUAUUCUGGUACCGAUUGUGAAAUAGAGGUGGACCCCUGUUUGUCUCAGCCGUGUAUGAAUGGAGGAUAUUGCAGCAGACGAGGUGAUAUGACAGGAUACGUAUGCACCUGUUAUGAUGGAUACACAGGUAACAGGUGCGAGACUCCUCCACCACCUACAACCAUGCCACCACCUACAACACCAUCGCAGCCUACCACACAGCCACCAACAACCACACCACCACAGCCUACCACACCACCACCACCACAAACCACACCACCAGUGGUUACUACUACACUAGGUUCUGGAGAAUGUAGCCAAAGCUGUUUGAAUGAUGGAAGCUGUGUUGAUGGUUCGUGUGUAUGCAUCACUGGAUUCAGUGGUCCUCGAUGUGAACAAGACGGGCGACCAUUCUUCACCAACUGCCCCGAGGAUGAAACCUUGACCUUCGUAUUGGACGAAGGAACCAAUGUAGCCUCCGUUGAUUUGGAUCCCAUCACAGCAAGGAACUUCAACCAGGAGACCCUCGACGUCGUCUUCAUCGUCGGACCUGACCUGAACACUGUCACUAGUCUUGAGUUCUCUGAGGCGUAUGCUGAAGGUCAGGUCGUGGUGGCCCAGGCCCAGGAUCAGAAUGGUAGACGGAACUGCAGCUUUGUGAUCAGGCUACAGGAUAAUCAAACGCCAGAGAUCACCUGUCCAGAAGACAUCGUAGAGAUCAGUACAUCCUCUAGUCAACAAAUCACAUGGCCGGAUGCUGAGGUCGAAGACAACGCUGACCCUUCACCCGUAGUGACCUACAUACCUACCCAAGGGUCGAUGUUUGAUACUACAGGAGAGACGGUGUCAAUCAUUGCCCGGGCAACGGACACAUCGUCCAACUACAAGGAGUGUAUCUUUAGGGUCACUGUGCACAUGAGAGACUUUGACUGCGAUCCCUUUCUAACUGUUGAGAAUGCUGAAGUAUCAUGUGAUAACGAUGCCAAUGGACGAGAAUGCCAUGUGUUAUGCAAUACAGGGUUCGUCAAGACAGUGGCCAAUGACAUCAGAUAUACCUGUAUAGCAGACAGUGAGGCCUCAUUCUGGGACCCUUCACCUCGAAGUAUAUGUGCAGAAGCCGAAACUGGGAAUGGAAUCACCAAGACGACUAGCAUAUCCUUCCCUCUCCAGUCAGCCUCCUGCCCGCAAGAGACACCAAACUUCACAUCAUCCAUCGCCACCAACAUCACCAGCACCCUAGAUACGUUCAACCUCUGCUCCGUGGGACCAGCAUCCGCCUGCGGGGAAGGCAGUGUCAGCACAGCAUGUACCACAAACACCGCGCGACGCAGGAGAAGCAGUGAAGUUAUCCUCUCACGAAGGAGAAGAGAUAACAGCGUCCUCUUGGUUGAUAUCAGUGUUUAUUCUCCGGUUGACAGCAAUUCCGAUCGGGGCGAGAUAGAGGAAGAUAUUGAUCAGGUGACGGAUGGUAUUGUGGAUGUGGCAAACAAUGAAGGAUUUGAGCUGACAGUUAAUGGUGAGGUCGUCAACAACGUCCAAUCAGGGACGAGAGUACCGCAGGAGUUUCAGUGGUCAUGUGACAGUGGUAUGGUAUCUUCAAGUUCAGGAUGUGUCCCUUGCCAACCUGGUACCUAUUAUGAUGAGAGCAAAAACGUCUGCUCCUUCUGUUCCAGUGGAACCUACCAAGAUCAAACCAAACAGACCUCCUGUCAGCAAUGCCCUGGUGACUCUUUCACUGAUGCUACUGGAUCUGUCUUAGCUGACUGUUUUGAUCCAUCAGCUUUUCAACUGACACAAACACAGUGGAUCCUGGUGUACAUCGGAUGCAGUCUAGCUGGAGCAUUCAUCCUCCUCAUCCUCGUCACAUUCAUCAUCUGCUGUUGCCGUAGCAAAGAGGAGACACCGAGAAAGGGCAAGGAUGCCACCGAUCAUCUCACCUACCUCAACAGUGCGUUUGAAGACGACGCUAUAAACAACGAUAUGCAUUACACUAAUACAUUAACAAGGAAUGGGUCAACACUACCGAUGAAUGGGCACAGGAGCAAUGGUAAUGGUCCCAGAGGAGGGGAUAACAGAUUGAUUGAGAUUCCUAGUGAUCCUGAAGUCCUCUAUGCUGAAGUUCCUGUGACAUCUUUCAAUGCGAAGGGAUACAAUGACUUUAACAGUAGGUUGUCAACGAAUGGACGAGCAAAUGGACAUGUUAACAGUGUGUCAGCGACUAUUGAUAUGGAUACCAUUCCCCGCCCUCCCACUCUAGGUGCCCCUCCUCCACCUCCUCCGCCCCCUCCAGCAGAAGAUAAACCCAAGCGUAUCCUGACAGAAGAUGAACUUCCACCCCCUCCACCAAACAACCAUCAUUUCAACGGUAUGCCGGGGGAUUCAGCUCCCUCUGGACCCCCUCCUCCACCCCCAAAGGUUCCUGGUGGCCCAACUCAUUCACCACAACUUCGUGGAGGCCCCCCUCCACCACCACCAAAACUUCCUGGUGGCCCCCCUCCACCACCCAACGUUCCUGGAGGAGUUCCUGGAGGAGUUCCUCCCCCUCCACCCCCACCCCCUCUCCCUUCAAUGAAUAGCAACAACAACUCUUACACCAGCUCCCCAUCCGGAAGUACAACAAGUGGAAGAAGUGAUAGGAGGGCUAGGUUUUUGCUGUGAGCAAGUACGGCAAAGCUAAUUAAUGUGAAGAGAUGACUUUGAGAAACAAUGCUUGAUGUACAUUACAAGUAGCACAGCCUUGCAUCUAUAAUACAAGAAUCGAUCAUCUUGCUACAAAGAUAACUGAACUUGUUAACUUUAAAUACAUGUAACAUGUCCUGCAGAAUAUGCUACAGCGGUUAGUUGUUUGAGCACGUCAGCCCAUUCCUGUUGUACUUUAAUGGAAUUGCGAUAAAAGUUUAACUUUGUCAAAUUGCAGAAAAGGCUUUCGAUCGAAAUGCAGCCAAAUAAGAGAACAGAACCCCUCUUUUCAUUGUCAAAAUGAAAAUACUGGAUUUCAGUGUUUCUUCCCAUGAUUAUAUCCUCCAGAAUGCACUAUACUUCCACUUCCUAUGUAUCUUUCUGUUUAUUUGAUAUUCAUACAGAAUCAAUGGGCUUUCAUUAAAAAGGCAAUUACAAGCAAUGUUAAUACACAUACAGCUAAAAAUGUAUACAUUUUUGCAGGUGCUAAAAUGUGUUAUGAACGUAUUUUAUGUUCCUUUCUUUACACUUUUGUAUUAGGUGAUGGUCUUCAUCGACAUGCUCAUGUUACAUAUAUAUAUUUUGACAGUUGUGUACAAAGGCCCUUUAUCUGCCCAUGCACAGAUAGUAUCUCCUAAGCGGCUUAUUGUUCAUGUAUUAGGGAUUAAUGCAAAUUGUUUACUAAAUUAAACAAUAAAAACGAAUUUACAAAAUGAUUUGUAUUCCUUCGUGAAAAAGAUGUGCUUUUCUGCUUUUGUAGAGUAUUAUAACACAGCAUAUCUUAAUUUGAUUUGAUUUUAUACUUUGCAAUAGAAUUAAAAGUAUUUGAUUUAGAAACCAAGGCUCAGUAAUGAUUGUCGCAAUGGACUGCUGGAUACAGAUUUGUCUUUCAUUUUGAUAUUAUUUGAUAAGAAGUCUUGGGUAAAAUAUUUAUGUCAUGUUUUUAAAAUUUAUUUUUUAUAAAACUAGGGGUCAUCAACCAAACUUAUAAACUAAUCAAGAAGAAAGAAGACUGGUUUAAGUCUGCUUAUUUUGCAGGUUUCAUGUUUAUCUAUUAUGUUUAAGUUUUUACCAAAAUCAAGAAUAUAUUCAAAUUUUUGUUUUGUUUUAUUUUUGCUGAAAAAAAGACCAAUGUUCAAUUCAAUUCAAUUCGUUUUCAAAAUACGAAGAGUAAGUCUUUUGUUUUCAGAUUAAAAAUGCACUUUAAUUUUGAGCUGGUCUCGGAAAUUAAGAGAUACUUGAUCAAUGUAAUGAAGCAUGUUUUUACGAAAUGUGGAAGUAAAUAACCUGUACUAUAAUGAUACCAAAAUUCAAAUAAUUAACUAUAAAUCAAUGUAUAAACUGUCAAUUUGCAAAGAUAUGCCAAAGUACUCUUUUCCCAACUUUUGUAUGAUCCUUGAAUGCAGGUUUGUGAUUUGGUUAUGAACAAUGACAUGUUCUUUUCAUUUGUAUGACAUAUGCACAUUAGCCAUGUAAAUAUAUAGAGUAUACCGGUAUAUCAUGGUGCAAAUCUUCUUUUUCCUACAAUUGUACAAUGUUUUGCUUUAUAGCUAAAGUACUGGUGCAUGGGAAAAUGUUAAUAGCUUUUUGAUAAUUUUGUCUCAAGUUUGUAUAUUUUGAAACAUGUAUUCCUUUAUCGUAUCACUUCUGUUACACGUCUUUCAUGAACUAUAUCGCCUCACUGCUUUGUAAAUGUUAUACAAUAGUACCAGUACUUGUAUUUGGUCAGUACUGACUGUGAGUUACUGAAAAGGUUAGUCAUAUAAGAAGAGUAUUUGGGGAGAAUAAUUAGAGAAAAUAAAUUAUGCAUUAAUUCUUGUAAUUGAUGGAAAAUACAUUUUUUGUGUAUGUGUAUAGCAGUAUACAUGCACAGAGGGAGUUAUUAGGCAAGGCCUUUGAUUCAACUUGUAUGCACAUUAUCAACAUCAUAUUU